GGAACACAGUGGAGGUCUCGCCUCUGGUUUGCGGAGCGGUCGGGUGUAUUCUCCGCUCGCCCCCACGCCCUCGAGGCCCCCGCCGCCCGACCCAACGGCGCAACCAGCCAGUGGCUCCCGCGGCGCCCUCCCGCACCGGAUCGCUCCUCGCUGGGGCGGGACCUGGCCCGACAGCUCCGAUCACUAUGAGUGAAACAUCUUUCAACCUAAUAUCAGAAAAAUGUGACAUUCUGUCAAUUCUUCGUGAUCAUCCUGAAAACAGGAUUUACCAGAGGAAAAUCCAGGAACUCAGCAAAAGGUUCACCGCGAUCCGCAAGACCAAGGGGGAUGGGAACUGCUUCUACCGGGCUCUGGGCUAUGCCUACCUGGAAUCUCUGCUGGGGAAGAGCAGAGAGAUCCUGAAGUUCAAAGAGCGUGUACUGCAGACCCCAAAUGACCUUCUGGUUGCCGGCUUUGAGGAGCACAAGUUCCGAAACUUCUUUAACGCUUUCUACAGUGCGGUAGAGCUGGUGGAGAAGGACGGCUCGGUGUCCAGUCUGCUGACGGCGUUCAACGACCAGAGCGCCUCGGACAGAAUCGUGCAGUUCCUGCGCCUGCUCACGUCCGCCUUCAUCAGGAACCGCGCAGACUUUUUCCGACACUUCAUCGACGAGGAAAUGGACAUCAAAGACUUCUGCACUCACGAAGUGGAGCCCAUGGCCAUGGAGUGUGACCACAUCCAGAUCACGGCCCUGUCUCAGGCACUGAACAUCGCCCUGCAGGUGGAGUACGUGGACGAGAUGGACACGGCCCUGAACCACCACGUGUUCCCCGAGGCUGCCAUCCCUUCUGUUUACCUGCUCUAUAAAACAUCCCACUACAACAUUCUUUAUGCAGCUGAUAAACAUUGAUUAAUUUUAGGCCACACAGUGGAACCUGUCACCUAACGGAACUGCGUUCUGAAUGGAACAUUCCGGCUUUUCAAUUUUUUAAGCGAUUUAGACUGUAGUUAGAAAACAGAAAACGUACAGCCUUUUGGGCAAAGUCACUGGAAAUGAGGCCUACCAAUUAUGGAGUGUGGUAACUUGGCAAUAUUUUUAGUAUUUAUUUUCACGGAGAAGCAAAUGCUUUAUAACUCCUGGCUAGGAAGCCAGGACCCCUGGCUCUACUCCCAGUUCCCUGAGACCUUAGGCAGGUCACCUCCUGCUCUGACCUGUUUCUUCAUCUGGAGGAGGUUCCUACCAGUGUGGACAGUCUAUUGUUGUAUAAAACAAACCAAACAAACCAGGGUCCUCUGGUUUCUCUUCACCAGGGGCAGUGGCUCUCUGUAGGGGAGGAAAAGCUCAAGGUCAACUGUCUUAAGUGACUUACCAGUUCUAUAAAAAACAAUCAUGUCCAAUCAGCUGCCGGCCUGGACUUUGGUGGGUGGCUGACUGAAGCGUUGGCCAGCUGAGGCCAACCUGAACGUGAGGCCUUCCAAACAUUCAUGAUGGUGUUUUCUUACCCUAACUUGAGGAAAAGGAGACUUUUAUGCCAAAGUCUAGAAAGGGGCCUUCAGCGUGGAGCUGAAGUUUUGGGGGCCUCCUCUACCUCUCUCAGGACCAGGACUGCCUGCCUGGCCCUUCAGGGUUCUGCUGCCAGCCCCACCUGGACAAAGGCUCAAAAAAGAGGGUCUGGGACCCAGAAGCUAUUUCAUCAUCCCCAACAUAACCUGGAAGUAGAAUCUCGGUACUCAGCCAGGUGGACACCCUGGCACGUGUAGCCAUAGACUCCAGCUGAGGAGAGCAGACAAGUUUUGCAAAUUGUCUUUGUCGUCUCUCCCCUUUCCCACUUCUGCUUGGUUUACGGGCUGGCGAGAGGUUAGGUGGACAAGAACAGAGGCAAGCCAAAGAAACUGGCAGUGGGGGAAGACCUCCGUGGUGGAAACUGCCUGGGCGACAAGGGCCCUGGCUGGCACCCUCCUCAUUCAUCCACCUGGACGUGCUCCUUAAUCACCUCCUCACCUUGCUGCCUCAGGACCUCGAAGAGCCCUGGCUGGGCUGGAGCUCUGCUAGCAAGCUCUCUUGCUCUGUGGGAGGAAAUGGAGAAUGCAGGGUGUGGAACUGCCCUAUGGGGUACUUCCUUAAUCAAAGGCCUUCUCACAGAUUCCAGUCUGUAGGGAUUUAUUAGAAUCUAUUGGUGCUGCAGUGUAAGUCUGCCGCUGGCCGGACUGCACAGGGAGACUGAGGGCAGACUGCUCCGCGUCCUGCUACACAAACGUCAGGUCUGUAUCAGUUGUCUGCUUUUGUGAAGACAGAUGCCAGGGUGCUUUAAUUCCAGGCAGGGACCCCAGGUUCCCAUCCUGCCCUCAGCUUGAAUUUGAAGCCAAGGGCUCAAGCUAAGUGAUUAUGUCACUUUUCCACAGGAAUAUAAAUCUGACCCUGAUCUGAACUGGUUCAGUGUCCCACCCGGCUCUGGGUAGGAGUGCGGGGGUCUGUGACAGUACACUGGAAGAGUGGGGGGAACACAUUACAUGAUUUGUAAGUAUCAGGAUCCCCGUUCCUGGGCAGGCACACAUGACACCAAGAUGAACGUCCCUGGCUGCUCUGAUGGGUUGUGCGAUGGGUUCUGGGCCCCCAGCCAGGCUCUCAAGCACAGCACAAGUAGCACUGGCUGCCACGUCUGCAUCUGUGGCUUGUGUAGCGUUCACAAAAGCAGAGCUUUCUCUUUGGCAGACUGGCUGGAGAAAUCCCCUGGGAGACUUGCGUAUGCUGUGCUUCCAGGCCUGAGGGCCCACCAGUGUUCAUAUGGGACCCUCUUCCCAGGACAGAUCCUAUCUCUUUCGAGUCAGAAUGCCCAAGGGAGGCAGGCCAAGUUAGUUUCAUGCUCUUACCCUCUGCUUUCCCUUUUUUCCACAAAAACCAUUGGCCAAAUCCAAACCAUUGCUCUCUUCCCGCAAAUCUUAUCUCUAAGAGAAAGUACUACACAGAAAGGGGAGUGGCAGAAUUCAGUGAAACUUUAAGUACACAUGCUCUACCACUUAUGAUGGGCUUACCACCCAAUAAACACAUCCUAAGUUGAAAAUGUUUUAAGUCAAAAAUGUAUUUAAUACACCUAUCGAACAUCUGCUUAGCCUCGCCUACAUUAAACAUGCUCAGAACACUUCAGUAGCCAACAGCUGGGCCAUUAUCCUGCGUUUCAUCUCAAGAAUUGCCUUCCUUGGGGGCAGACGGUUAGUUCAGUUGGUUAGAGUGCUGUGCUCUUAACAUGGUCGCCGGUUCAAUGCCCACAUGGGUCAGUGAGCUGUGCCCUCCACAACUAGACUGAAACAACUAUUUGACUUGGAACUGAUGGGUCCUGGAAAAAACACACUUAAAUAAUAAAAGUUUAAAAAAAAAAUUGCCUUCCUCUUCUUACCACCACAGGAGACACAGAUGGGUGUUUUAUAGACAUGAUGGGUAAGAAAACACAAAAUACAGUAUCUAAAAAAUGCUGGCGAGAGUCCAUUGAAGAGUGCUGGUAGUUCACCUCCUGCACUGGUGGCUGGCCCGGAGCUGCAGCUUGCAGUCACUGUCCAGCCUUACAAGACUUAUUUCACCACAUAUGGGUAGCGCGGGAAAAGAUCAAAAUUCGAACAACGAUUUCUACUGAAUCCGUGCAUCACUUGUGCACUAACCGUAAAGUCAAAAAGUCUUAAGUUGGGGACAGCCUGUAACCUGUUAAAACCCAAUCAUUUACGGAAGUUACCCUGCUUGUCCACAGCAGCCAGCCGUGCUAGCUCUCACACUUCAGGGCUGAUUCUCCACCCCAUCCCACGCAGCCACCGCGUUCCAGACCCAAAGCUGGAAGGCAAGUUGCCUCGAGAAUCUGUCUUUAUAAUUGCAUUUAUCACUUUCUUUCCAAAGGAAACUUUAUAAAUCAAUGGGACUAUUUAGCAACAUAAAAGAACAAACUGUACUUGACUAGGUUCCUAUUUCAAGCACAAAGGGGCUCUGGAGCCAGCCUAGGUUUGAAUCUUGACUUUGUCACUUAUUAGCUAUGUGACCUUGGUCAAGACACUUCCCACAUUAAUGAAAUGGAGACAAUAACUAUAUACCACAGGAUUAUUGGUUAAAGUGGAACGAAGUUAUGUGUGCAAAUACAUCUAUAAGACCUGACACAUAGUGUUUUACAAAUGGGAUACUUCCCAACCUACCCUUCCCAAGGGGAGUAGUGGGACAGUGCAAGAUGGGGGGACGUGUCACCUUGGCAGUGGCUCUGUGGAUUCCCAAACAGUGGUCUAGGCACCAAACAUAGUCCCACAUUGAGUAGAAAUGAGGGUGGAGGUGUGGCUCAGUGAGUGGCUGCCCAGGGGCCCCAGGUCUUGUGGGACACAGGCCAGACCCUACAGCUUCCCUAGGCAGCUUCGGUGAAAACAUCUUCCUAGCAUUAAACUGGUUUCCAUAACAACCUUUGUCCUAGCUUAGUUUGGUACCCGUGGGCUUGUGUGUGAGAUUUGUUUCAUAGAAGGUCCAGAUACUCAGGAAGCCCUGCCCUUGGGCGAGAGGCAGCUUCACACCAGGUCAGAAAGCAGGACUGCCUGGGAGGCUGGCCUCGUCUUUGAAAACCUACACCCCUUAACGUGUCACCCCACCAAAAACAGAAGAAUUUGCUGUUAGAGAGCAAGGGCAGGCUGUCAACGGACAUCAGUUGACGAGAUCAGGCCUCUCCUGGCUCAAGUGCUGCUAAGCGACCUUGAGCUUCCUUAAAUCUCCAUGUGUCGUUUGGAAAAUGGACAGUCCCACUGCCAUGCCGACAGCCGUCCCUCAGGAGCUGACCUCACAGACUAGGGCGGUUUUCUUCGGCUUCUCCUCCCCAGGUCACUGGUGUCACUGGGGACAUAAGUCUUCACACAGCAGUGUUGCCGAAGACUAACACAGUUUUAUGAACGUGCCCCAGGCCCACAAGGAAAUGAUCAGGUUCUAUGCCCAGCUCUGCCACCUGGCAGACUGUGAUCCUGAGCAAGUCUUAACCAGUGCCAGCUUUCUCAACUACACAAAAGGAUACCAAGACUUAUGUCUCAGGGCCUUGCCGGAAACGAAACGAUAACUACAGUAACUAACAGUGCCUGGCACUUGCUCAACACUCGGUGAUACCUGAAUCCGAGUUUAGGCCAAGUAUCCCGUUGCAGUUACCCAGAAGGGCUGAGGGAAUACCGCUGCCACCCUACCCUGUGAUUGUGGCAAUUGUGGCUACUCGUCCAGACUGACCCAGAGAAAGCUGGGGUGGCACCAGGAGGUCAUUGGUUCCCUCAGCUCACAUUUACAAGCCCUGACUACAAGUGGUAAUAAAGCAGCCUCUGCUCUCAAGGAGCAGAAAUGAGUGCAGAAGACAACACGAGUGUGGCAAGUACCGUGAAGAAGGUAAGCACGGGUACUUGAGGAGCCCACAGCAGGACACCGCACUUUCUUGGGGGCUCAGGGACCUAGAGAACACGACGCAGUGCUCAAGGAUGGGAAAGGCAAUCAGGCCGAGGGAAAAGCUUAUGCAAAGGCUUGGGACAAAGGAAGCGACCAGUUCUGUCACAGACGAGGGGAGUGGAGAGACGAGGCCAGAGAAGUUGGCCAGGGCCACAUCCUGAGUGCCUUACCCCCAGACUCAGCACACGGUUCCCGGCUUCCCCACAAAUGGCUCUGGGAUAUUAAGGAGGCCUGUGUUCUCCUGGAACCUGAGGACAGCGAACUGUUCCCUGCCCACCUCUCGGGGUGACUCAGAUGAGCUGCGAGCGAGUAGCAGAGCUAAGGAGUUGCUAUGCUUCUGUCUGGGGAAAGGCAGGAAACAC